UUUUUUUUUUUUUUUUUUUUGAAAGUGCCUCUUCUUCAAACUAACUCGGCUCUUGGCUCCGGAGGAGAAGCGGCAGAGGGGUGGUUUUUUUUUAAAGCUACAGGACCCCCUUUGCAGCCGCCCCGCUUUGAUAGCGCUCUGUGUGUGUGUGUGUGUGUGUGUGUGUGUGUGUGUGUGUGUGCGUGCGCGCGUGUGUGCGUGUGUAUGUUUUGUUUUGCUCCGCUCCAGCAUGGGCAGCGCCGGCGGAGCCCCGCGGCCCGGGGUGCCCGCGCUCCCGCUGCCGCCCCGGCCCCGGCUCUGAAGACGGCCAAGCCCCAGCGCGGCGGAGGCAGCGCGGCUCGCUCCGCGCUCUCGCAUGGAGGGAAGAAGCAUGUCCCGUCUGUCUCUAACACGGUCCCCAGUUUCUCCUCUGGCUGCUCAAGGAAUUCCUCUCCCAGCUCAACUCACCAAGUCGAACGCUCCCGUGCACAUCGAUGUAGGAGGACACAUGUACACCAGCAGCCUGGCUACCCUGACAAAGUACCCAGACUCCAGAAUAAGUCGUCUGUUUAAUGGCACAGAGCCUAUUGUCUUGGACAGUUUAAAACAACAUUAUUUCAUUGAUCGAGAUGGUGAAAUUUUCAGAUAUAUAUUAAGCUUCCUAAGGACAUCUAAGCUACUGCUCCCAGAUGACUUUAAGGACUUUAAUCUUUUAUAUGAAGAAGCAAAGUAUUACCAGCUGCAGCCAAUGAUUAAGGAACUUGAGCGAUGGAAACAAGAGAAAGAACAAAGGAAACAUUUCCAGCCUUGUGACUGCUUGGUCGUAAGAGUGACUCCAGAUUUGGGGGAAAGAAUUGCAUUGAGCGGGGAGAAAGCUUUAAUAGAAGAGAUCUUCCCAGAGACUGGGGACGUCAUGUGCAACUCCGUAAAUGCAGGCUGGAACCAGGACCCUACCCACGUUAUUAGGUUUCCUUUGAACGGAUACUGCCGGUUGAAUUCAGUGCAGGUGCUCGAAAGAUUAUUUCAGAAGGGAUUUAACGUGGCAGCUUCAUGCGGUGGUGGGGUGGAUUCCUCUCAGUUCAGUGAAUACGUGCUGUGUCGCGAAGACAGACGACCACAACCUACCCCCACAAUCAGAAUAAAACAGGAACCCCUGGACUAGGCCCUACCCGUACUCCUUUGUAACCGUAGAAGUGUUUAAUAGUCCCUGAUGUGAAACUCUUAAGGAUUUGCAAAACAGUAUUAGCAAACAGAUUUUGACUUUAUGUUGCCAAUUAGUGGUAUUCUGAAACUACCUGUCACAUAGCCAGCCAUGAAAUGCAUUUGAAAAACCAGUUGUCCGUUUUUCACAAUGAAAUUCCCGAGCAUGCUCAGCAUACCAGGCCUGCUGGGAACGUACUUUGGGCUGAACAGCUGUGGUGGUGAAAAAGGCAAAGCUUCAUAAACCCCCGACCCUCCAUUGAACUUCUACAGAAAGACCAAUUAAAGCAAUUUGAAUAGAUCAGCAGGAGAAAUGGUUCUGUCAGCCUUUCCAACAACCCCCCGAUGCUGUGACGCGUGGAAGUGGGCGCCUCCGAGAGGAAGAUGGUACACUAAAAACUGCACUGAGUAUCUUCCCUGACUGCCGCACCUCCUUCAUAUCAGACGUGCUUUACACCUCUGUACAUUACGUUACACUUCUGUGAUUGUACUCACUCAUGCUAGCAAAUGGCUUAUUUUUAUACAACAUUUCCAACUGAAAUACCUUUCUGUGGACAGAAUCCAGAAUAAGAAAAGGACCAAUUUAUAGUCAACUGGUGCUCGGUACUAAAAAACCCCACACAAACAAAAAAGCAACAAAAAAUUGGACAAGGCCGAUUAUGGCAAUAUUUGCAAAAGUAGGGAUCUGGAAGCACAAGCUAAAAUGCCAGCCACCAUCACACAAGGGUCACGUACCUAAUGUGGAGCUGUAGUUCUCUUAAAGCCAGUCUUGUUUUGACUCAGAAACUGUUAAGUUUUGCAUCAUCAAAGCAGCGUGGUUCUGCCAAGCAAGCUCUGCCACCCCUUGUUACUCAUUUACUAACCAUGUUAUAAGCCCACAUUUAGGAGGAAACAUUAAGAAUUUUGGACAAACCUACUCUUCAUGGGUCUGGAAUUUUUGCAAAAAGUUGUUGUAACCCUCUACUGCCAUUGUCUGAUGAAGGCAGGCCACCUUUUAUUUAGGCUGUUUUUCCUCUAUUAUUUUAAACUAUUAUUAAAAUACCAACUCUGUAGCUGCCCUCUAUCUGUGUAAUUUUCUCUUUAACGAAGCCCACUGUCUGCAGGAGGUUACUGCUCCUUCCAUGAAUCGGUAUCGACUCUGACUUGCAGGGCUUCCUAACUCAGGAGACCGCACCAUGUUUGCAGGUGCAAGGUUAUAAAUAGCAUUCUGCUAAAUCCUGUUUAUUGCCGUUUAGCAUGAUUGGGUCCUCAAUAACUAAUUCAUGUGUUAAUUGCAAUUUAGUUUCUCCCACAUUAAUUUAUAGAAUACUGUUGUAGAUGCUGAAUUUUAAUUGAACUCUUUUUAGAUGCAUAAAUAUGGCCAUAUAGAACAAGGGACAGACUAUUAAGUGGUCAACCAUUCUUCAGUGCCAAAUGAUUACAAUCGGGCAAAAUAAAAAAAUCAUGUUUAAGACUAAUAUUUUCAAAAGCGAUGAGCUGUACUGACUAUCCAAGGUACAAUCCAGGCAGGGGUCUAAUUUUUGGAAAAGGGCUGGAUACCUGUCCGUGGAAAGCCAGACCUCUGCAGGUUUUCUCACCUUGGUUACCCAAUUCAGAAAUCUCUUCUGGAAAUCUUAGCUGAUAUGGGUUGGCCUGCUAACUUAGCAGAACAGUUGAGCAAAUCUGUCUACUUUAAAAGAGUUGUAAAGUUAUUUUAUUUUGUGGUUUUAUACUUGUACGACAUUCAAAAGUCGCUAGGCAUUGCCAUAUUUGAAUAUAUGGCACAACAUUCACCUUUGUAUGUAAGAUAUCUGUAGAAUUGUAUAUUAUACAUUUAAUAUUGUAAAGAACUUAACGUAUAAUUGUCAUGUAUUUGUGUAUGCACAUUUCUUAUACAGUACUUCAUGCCAUAAACAUUUCUGUAAAGUAAAUGAUCAAAAAUAAGCAAGUAGGGUGGAACACUCACUGUAUCUCCCAUGUUGCUUAAAAGAGGUGAGAAUUUUU